UUCCUCCCAAACCCUAACUCCCACUCCCCUGAUUCAGAUCGAAUCGAUGGCGACGCCGCACUCCCUUCCAAAGCCGCCUCCCUUCCGUCACCGCCACUCCGCUCUCGAUCCAGACCCCCCUUACAGUCGCACCUCUCCCUCUCUGCCACACCUCUCCCCUCGCCGCCGCCUCCCUCUCAGCCACCCACCUCUCCCCUCGCCGCCGGUCUGCCACAUCAGGUAAUAUCGAGGCCAGUGGGCGCUGGAUCCGGCACCGGCGUGGCCCCUCCAUCAGCAAAUCGAACAAGGGGGCGGCAGUGCCAUGGCUUCCCCCAACUUCACAGCGUGGCCUGAGCCACCCGCUGGCCUUGGCUAGGUCCCUGACGAGCAGCCGCGCGGGAUGAUGCUGACGGCGCUGCGUCCGCGUCCCUCAGCCAUCUCACCGGCGCUGCAGCCCGCAGAGGCGGCCGCCCGCGAGGUCCUGCUGCGACUACACCCAAUGGAGGAGGCAGAGCAACGUCGGCAUAGGGUCCAGAUCGAGGCGGGGUCCUUCCUUCCUCCGUCUGCUUCUGCUCAGACCCCAUGCCAUGCCCGCUCUCCUUUCCUUGGAUGGAUGGAUGGAUCUCUGGUAUCUUGCUUCGUCUGACCAGUUCGGAUCUCUUUGGUUGGUAGUGCGGAGGUGCUGUACUACGCGGUGACGGCGCUGCUUGGGGGCAGCCAUGAGGGCGUCUACGCCGCAGUUGAGCGCCUGCUGCAGCUCGGGCAGACCGCCGCCAUCAUGGAGCCCUGGCGCUGAUGCUGAUGCUGCUGCUGGUGGUGGUGGUGCAGAUUCUUCAUGGGCUUGUAGGGUUGGUGAGGUCUCCGGUCUCUGCCACUCUUCCACAAAUAGGAUCAAGAUUGUUUCUUACAUGGGGCAUCUUGUGGAGCUUUUUCCUGAGGGUGCACGAAUGCCACUUCUUCCACUACUGAUCCUCCCCUCUACGCCAAGCCUGUGGAACACUUCGACGCCAUCUUUGGAGCCGCCAAUGCCUUCCUACAGUGGUAGCGGGAGGUGAUGCUGGAGCAGUACAUCGAUCAGCAGAUGGCAGGGAGAAGCUGGGACAGCCCUAAUGCAGUAACAUCACCAUGUGGCAAAUCCAGUAGAUUGACACAACAUUGGUGCUUGGGUGAUGGGACAAAGUAUGUGUACUAGUAAUGGUACAUGAUAUUCGUGCUUCUCAUUGAUGUUAUGUGUGAUCAGCUAAAAUUUGUGCUUUUUGUCCAAUGUAUGUGGAUGUGCGCUUGUGCACUUGUUGGGCCUUGAACCUUGCUAUGUAGAGGAGUCAAUUGAUGAUAUAUUGUAUUUCAUGUGAUGUGUUACUGAAAUGAAAUAUAUGAAAUAUUGUAUUAUGUUGUAUUUCUUUUUUAA